UCUUUGUGGAUUUGAUAUGUAAAAGUUGCCAAGAGCAACGACUAGACAUUUUAUAUGGCAUUUCUACGUUGCUGUUGCUUGACUAGACAGUGUACUUCAGGAUAUAAUUCAAUAAAAUGAGUUCAGUUUACAGUGGUAGCGAUAGCAAUUCUAACAUUAUUAUUUUUGAUACAUCAAAAAAUGAAAGAAGACUUAACGAGGAAUUCAAAAUACUACAGAGAAGACUAAAGCCUAAAUGGAAAUUUGUCGAAAACAAUGACGUGCUCUCGCAGGAGUCACUUGCUAAUGGAAAAGUUUUAGUACUACCAGGUCCGCGAAGUAAAUUUACAGAAUUGGAAAUGAAUUCUAUAAGAACAUUUAUAAAUUCGGGUGGUAACGUUCUUGUUAUGCUGGGGGAAGGCGGGGAAAAUAAAUUUAAUACGAAUAUUAAUUUCUUACUCGAGGAAUUUGGAAUAAUGGUAAAUAACGAUAGCGUUGCACGUAUGAAUUACAGUCAAACCCUUCAUCCCAAAGAAGUUUUGAUUUCUCAAGGAUUAUCAAACAAAUCAAUAUUCGUAAGAAAUCGUGACGAGUAUAUAGACUUAAAAUUCCUCUAUCCAUACGGUGCUACCCUAAAUGUUGUACAACCAUCUGUAGUCGCUAUAUCCAGUGGAUCAAUCGCGAUACCAACGAACAGACCAAUUUGCGCAUAUUAUUCGGCAAAAACCAAUGCAGGUAAAGUCGUCGUUUUGGGUUCAUCAAGAAUUUUAACAGACGCAUAUAUAGAGAAGGGAAAAAAUGAUUCCUUGCGAGAGAUGCUUUUCGAAUUUUUCGAUUCGGAAGGGCCCGUAACUAAAGAUGUCCAGGUGGACGACGUCGACUACUGGGAAUAUAAUUUUGUGCCUGAUACUACGCAACAAGCAGAAAAUCCAAAAGUCUGCACACAGGAUUUGGACAACAUUGAUAUACCUCGAGAAUAUACGAAAUUAUUCAAGCAUCAUUUCUACUCUAUUAAUUUAAAUAUGGUUCCAGCAUGUAUAAAGGCUUAUGAAGUUUUAGGUGUUAAAUACGAACCACUCAGUUUAAUCGCUCCGCAUUUCGAGACGCCAUUACCUCCUACACAGGCAUCGGUAUUUCCACCAAAUUUUCAAGAACUUCCGCCACCUGCUUUAGAACUGUUCGAUCUGGAUGAAGCAUUCAGCUCGGAUUUGUUGAAGUUAGCGCAGUUGACUAAUAAAUACAUGGCGGCAAAGGAUCAUUCGAAUGAGACCGAACUAGAUUAUUAUAUACGCGAAUUCGGCGGAAUUAUAAGAACUAAUGGUUCUGGUACAUUCACUUCAAAAGAAGUACUCAACAGUAUUUUUCAAAAGUUAAGUAACUUCAAGAGUGUACACAAUUAAUGGAUUUUUAGACCAUAUAAUAUAGACUGAAUAAAUAUUAGUUAUUUCAUUA